AUGGAGCCAGUAGUAUAUGAAGAGUCCCCGUUCGCCGACUACCUCAGAGAUGAGGGAGAUGAACCCCAGGCAGACUGGGCGCCUGGUAUAAUAACACCCGAACCUGAAUCGUCGGCCGGUCGUUCCAGUCCAUCGCCUCCAUCGAGCCCUUCUCCGUUUGCGCCGACCGGUCGGCCUCUGGUCAAGCCCAAGUUUCGAAACAAAGCUCCAAAUGCGCUUCAGCUAAAUGUUCCUCAACAAUCUGGUCUACGGUCUGCCAGUGGGAAAUACUCGGCCGCGGUAGCAGCGAGUAUCGAUCGAGCCGACAACGCCAAAUUCCUCGAGCAAUUCCGAUAUACGAUUAUCGCAUCUCAGCUUCUUAGUGGUCAUUCUGGAUUAGGACAAUCGCAAUUCGGCAGCAGCGGACCAAGCCCGCUGUCUAGCAAUGACGACUCACUCUUAUCUACCGAAGGCAUUAUCGCAUCAGUUCUCGCAGCACUGGCUGUUGCAGUAGUUUUGAGCUGGGUUCUCGGGAGCGGAGUUACCAAGAAAAGACUCGUCUUUUUGCUGCUGUUGUGCGCAGCUGGGGCGCUUUUGGGGCAGAUCUACAUGAAGCGACAAUGGUUACGCUACCGCAGAUCGCAAUCGCUUUCCGAAAUCACUUCUUUCGUCGAGCAUUCUCACAACUUUGAUAGCGCAACUGGAGCAGCUCUAUCUCUGAUACAAGAGGUCGAGCUGGUCUCGCGAGGCUACCGACUAAGCGCUCCUCUGCCACCAAUCAGCCGUAUAGAAGAUCGCACACAGACACGGAGGUGUCUGAGACUACGCAAAGCUUUGAGGCACUCUUUUGCCGAAGUUCUCGAGUCUUACAACCAAGUCUGCACAGUCGUCAACGGAUUCGCAGAACAGACAGACCUAGAAAAAUACUAUGAUAUAUACGACAUAUCCGACUUCGACAUGUCCGACGCCCGUCGUGGUCUCAGUGAUGAAGAUCUGGAAGAUCCCGAAUCACUAAGAACCCUGAAGAUCCUCGCCGCUCGUUUCUCGACUAUUCGGAAGCUAUUUCUCUGCGCUCUCCUAGCUUUGGAUGCCGACACCGACACGAACGACUUGCUUCGCUGGACUACAGCUGUGGAAUCGCUCUUGAGCUUGAACAACUCAACUCAAACAGCACAUUCUAGGUUGCAGAGCAUCCUUAGCGAAGAAGAUAACUUUCCAUCUCCUCCAACACCGUUGAAUGCUCUUACACCAGGGCGAGAACGUUGGAGAGCCCAACUGCGGAAGCUAGGCUCCCUUUCUACAGGCAUCAGAGGAUUACAAGCCAAACUACAAUUGCUUCGGGAAGAAUCCGACCGAAGCUUGAACGACUCGAGCGACAUCUCAGAACUUGGACCGAAUCUCAUGUCGCAGUAUGAGUCCAUUGGCAUGGAUCUAAAGGAACUGAUGUCGGCAUGGGAGGAGGGCAAGGCAGCUUUAGCACUCGGUAUCGAUAGAAACGAGAAGAGGCUCUCGUCUAUGAGCACCCUGCUGUCACCUGUGAGCUCCCUCAGCGGCCUCACGACUGUGGAUGAGAAUGGUGGGACCGCUGCUGCGCUCAAGGCUUUGACGGGAGAGUCUCCUCCCAGCUCCGAAUACGCCGGUUCUACUGAACACGAGUCGCCGGAAGUGUUCGAAGCUGUUGCUUUACCUCGACCACGAAGCAUGCUUACCCGAGAAGAAAGAAUAGUCAAAGUCCGGGAGGAACGAGAGCAAAAGGCUAUUGCUCGACAACAUGUCGAUGCUACCAAGGGCAUGCUCCGUGAACUGGAAACAGUUAUUAACCUACGACCACGAACCCGUGCAAGUGCGCCAGCCGGGCGGAUUGCGUCUAUGUAG